AUGCCUCGGGACAACAUCGUAAUCCUGCUCGGCCCCCCGGGGUCCGGGAAGGGAACGGUUUCUCCCGCGAUCGUCGAUGCGCUCGGAAUCCCGCAGCUGUCGACCGGUGACAUGCUCCGCGCCGCCGUCGCCGCGGGGACCGAAACGGGGCUGAGAGCGAAGGAUCUCAUGGCACAAGGAGCAUUGGUGCCGGACGAGUUGGUCAUCGGUACAGUUUUUUUACCAACAUUUUGGUUUCUCUUUCUGUUCAACGUGGCACAAGUGGCAAGAUCGAUAAAUGCUUCUAAUGUAACGCUUCGCCGCUACUUGAGGUGAUGAUAGAUGACCACAAAAAUGAACAUUGUAGCACAGAGGUAUUACCCAACAUUUUUUACAUAUCCAUCGUUCCGACCCUUUCACGACUACAACAGCGAUCAUCCAGGAGCGCAUUCAGGAGGCGGACUGCGCGGAAGGUUUUCUGCUCGACGGCUUUCCCCGCACGGUGGCCCAGGCGCAGGCACUGGACGCGGUUUUGUCGAAGGAGGGCGAGAUGGUUACCAAGGUGGUGGAAUUGAACGUCCCGGAUGAGGUUUUGACCGACCGCAUUUGCGGGCGGUGGAUCCACAAGGCGAGCGGCCGCAGUUACCACGUCAAAAACAAGCCCCCCAAGAUAUGACCCGCUCAGACGUUACAAUCUCAACUGUUACAAUAGAAUGUGGAUUUUGUGAUGCAAGAAGUGCAUGAUCUAGCCAACUCGCACAGGAUUGCGCAUGACAAGUUCUAAAGUGCCGACCCGCACUAGAAUCUCGCGAAACUUGUAAUGCGAAAAGCGCAAUACUGUGUGCGUUCCUCAUGCUCUUCAUGCAAGGCUAAUUCCAAAUUCUAGUGUAACGUUUGAGAUUGUAACACCUGAGCAGGUUAUACCAGAGCUACGACGGCAGCAGCGAGCCCACGGCAGAGAACAUGUAUCUAUCUUUUCUUUGGUCGUGUGAUAUUAUGUGGUGAGAACUUUCUUUUGUGCAUACUGCUGCACAUAGUCUGUCAGCGUCAAAGCUACUACUCAAUCACCCCGACGAUCGUUUCUUGGUUUCUGAUGAUAGAAGCCAGGGUCGUGCUGUCGAGAAAAUAAGCCGCCAAAACCCCUAUAAACCAGGCUCGACGACGAGACCGGCGAGGCUUUGUACCAGCGGGCGGACGAUACCAAGGACGCGCUCCCCAAGCGGUUGGAGGGCUACCACAACGAAACCGAGCCGAUUCUGGAGUACUACGGUGAGAACGUGUGCGUGCGCGUGGACUGCAACCGCGACAUGGACGCCAUCACGCAGGAGAUUCUGUCCAUCCUGGUCUUGAACAAGGGUGACACGGGGGUCACCACGGCUAUGAAGGACAUGCUGAUGGCCUUGACACACUUGUCCGAACUCAUGGAGCACAUGCCGGAGGACAUCCAGCAGUGGUGCAACUCCGACGAAUUCGAUGACGCGAUCAACGAAUACUUUGACGUAUAUUUGAAGGACUAGACAUCACAAGUUUUGUUUUAGGGGUUUAGGAUUUAGGGUUCAUCGUUCCGUAACCGUAGAAGAGACAAUGAAAGAAAGCAAAACUGGAUGCCACAGUAAGCAAGUAAAAAAAAUAUUUCACAUCCUCGUUCUUUUUUCAUCUCCCCAGGGCCUGGACACCAACAAGUCGGGCAGCUUGGAGGCGGACGAACUGUAUGAGCUAGCUGGGGAGUCCCUCGACGGCAUGCUCCGCAUUCAGAACGAGGGAGACGAUCCCUUCUUCCAGCCGAAGGUGGGCCCCGCGGAGAUGCGCCGCUUCAUGGACAUCUUCGACCAAGACAAGAACGGCGCGCUGGACCGGGACGAGUUCCGGGACUUCAUCAAAUUUUCCAUCUGCCGCUCCUGGAUCGAGGACCAGUAUCUGGAGGAGGGCUACUACAACGAGAGCGAAACACCGCUCAUGAACAGCUCCGAGGAGGCGGAAGUUGCAGAAGGUAUUUUUGUAGUAAAUAGCGACAGUUUAUUAUCUUGGAUGGAGGAGUUGAUUUUGAUUUUGAUUGGAUCAUGACUUGACGACAUACUGCAUUCUUGCAGAAUAACGCUAGCAGGAAGCGUAUUUCUAUUUUCUAUUUGAAAAGCGACUUCACCAACAACCAUUGAUCAGGCGAACAAGUUAUGGACGAAACCCUUGCCAAGCUUGAGGAGGGCCCGAACAACGUGAACUUCUUGCUCCGGCAGCUGAGCCCGGAAAUGCGGGCGGAGAUCGAGUCAGAAGAGUUCGCACACAUGCGGCGAUUGGAAUUCCAGAGCCUGGAUGACGACGAGUCCGGCACUCUGGAAAUCAACGAGCUUUUCCCCCUCAUCGAAGCCAUUGCCGACGUGCACCCCUGGAGCAUCACGUAUUCAUAUUGCGACUUUCAGUACCUCUGUGGUUGACAGACUCUUUUACUUAUCUAUCAUCUUCUGGCCAAAGAUAACAGUAGGAGGAGGCGGUGCCUCCGGUUUGAGUUACAUACAACAAUGUUUUGUUCUGUUGAUUUCCUUGUUUCUUCGGUCCUCAUCAUUUGGAAAUCGACAUUUAGUUUUAUGAACGUGAACCUUUUUUUUUCUGCACAGCUACGAGCACUGCGCGCGGUUUCUGGAGCUCUUUGACGAGAACGGGGAUGGUGUGCUGCAAUUUGGCGAGUACUUGAAGCUGGUGCAGUACGUGAUCGCCAUCGCGACUGUGGAAUACGAGAACGAGAACAAGGCGGCCAACGCCGGCGCCGCGGAGAAGCUGGCUCAGAUGGAGGAAGAAAACGCGCGCCUGAAAUCUAAGCUGGACAAGACCAACCAGGAAAAGUGCGAACUGCAGCGACAACUGAACAAAACGCUGAAGGGCGCCAUCAAGGAGAGCAACCUGGAGAUGCAGAAGGAAAAGAAGUGGAGAACCAAGCUCGAGGGAAAAUACAGCGUAUUGAUUCAUCGGAUAAAGUUUUCAUGUUGAAGAUAUUUUUUGUCGGAGGUCACACUUACGAACAGUUUUUUCCGCGGGAUUUCUCAAUUUGAUUCUGCAUCGCGAUGCAAUCUUAGCAUGUACUAACUUGAGCGCUGCCGUGCAUGUACUAUCGCGGAUGAAAAUAUGAAAACAGGUGCUGCUGAAAGACUACCGGGCGGUGAUGCGCGUUGCACGGGAGCAACGGGUCACCAUCAGUGUGAAAAGCAACAAGCUGGCGCAGCUCCCACCGGUCACCAAGACCACUGCCUGUGUGCGUGUUGCGCGCAAGUUGCAGUAAGCCAAGCGACGUCUUCGAACGCUUCCUUUAGACUUGAUUACGCAUUUUGUUUGCUCUCUCGCUUACCAGGGGUCCGUCAGACCAUCUUAAAUGCACAUAAGUAAUCAUGCAGCAAACUUUUCAUCCAGAUUCAGACUCAAGUAAAUUAUACCUCCCACAGGUCAACAUCAACAAAACCUGGAAAUGUCUAGAAUGCAAAUGAAUCUGUAUUACCAUCUCCACUGUAAAAUGUUAUACCCGGCGACAAGCAGCAGCAUUAGCAGCAGUUUCGUACGCGGACAAAAGUAUUCCCCACGAUUGAUUGUGGCACACGCUUUCGAGACGAACCCAAAGAGGCACGCAGAGUUUGCGUCCCGCGGAUCUGGCAUCCGCUUUCCGCACGUGCUGCACAUAAGAACGCUAUUGGCUGCGUGCUUUGUAUGUAAGAUGAGUGUCGUUAUUCAUACCCAAGCGGCACAAUCUCUCCCGAACCCUUCUACUCUAUGAUUGGAAAAAUUCUAUGCUAUCAGCGUACGCUAGCAUUGCGGUUUGAUUCAUCCACUUGUUAAGCAAAUAGCUUUCAGUUUCACAUGAACCUUUCUGAAAGGUUUCGUCCUAAUUUUACUUUUACUAGUCUCUAGCAUGUCUGUAGCGCGCGACGCUCAGGUUUCAAUAGAUGUCAUACUCGCAUGAUCUUUCUGGGAAACGCAUUUCGCAAUGUGCUUUUGAAAAUCGCAUCGGGAAAUGGAAGAAGCUAAUGCAU